CACUCAGGAAGGCAGAUUCAUACGGCAAAAAGACUCUUCAAGUCUUUCUAGAACCUGCUCCUCCAACGUGCUAGGUGUUCUUUGACGGUGUUCAUGCCAGCCGACGGGAAGUGGUGCCAAUGUGGCAUCAAAGUCGACAAGAAGCUAGCUGUAAAGGCAGAGUCAUGACGAGUGGUGAGGGACUGGAGGUGGCAACACGCAGAGGACAUGAGGAUGCAGGGGUGACUAGGACAGACAAUGGAAAGUCUUUCACAACUCUCAGCACCAUUGCUGUCCAGGCCGGCCAAUCGCAGCUCGUCGUGUCUGUCCUCAAGAGCGGCUCGCUCGUCCACCUCCAGCUGGUACGGGUCCAUCCUGACCUCUGUGAAAUCGGCACAAACCAGGAAGACAACAGAACGUUGAUGCAAGAACAUGAGGAGCUACUGAAGACGAUGACGAAACGGCAACAGGAAGUUGUGGAGGCGGCAGGAAAGAUCAGGAGGAAGAGAAAGAGGCAAGAGGAAGAUCAGAGAGUGUACAAGGCCAUGGAGGCGUGUCUGAACGAAGGAUGGCGCCAUUUGCUCCGCCUCCUGGAGAGGCGACAGGAAGUGCUGAGGCUGGCGGCGAACUUCUACCAGGCGGCGUCGCAGUUGUCGCUUGGAGUCGAUAACUUUGAGGAUGCUCUGAUGCAAGCUGACAUGAGGUCCGCUGACGUGACGCUCACUUUGGACUCCAUGAGGAAAGAUGUGCUGAGAAGAUCUCUGAAGGUUCUGUUGAGUGGUGGCCAGCUGCUCAGUGAGCUCAAAUUAUUGCAGCACACUGAUGGCCUCUGCGGAGCACCAACGAAUUCCCGCCUCAACCAGCAGGUGGCACUGAGGCUGGAGGUGCUAGUGGAGACCUUGCAGGACCGCAGGAGGAUGGUCGAGCAGGUACUCAGACGGCAACUCGAUCCAGCUGGCCAUGAUGUCACGGUCGGACCAGAUUUAAGGCAUGAUUUUGAAUUCAAAGUGGAACAACGCAGAAUGCAGAGAAGCCUUUGUCCACCAAAAUGUGGAAUCAGUCCAGAGACCAAGCCUGAUUCCAGACCUGAUCCAAAUCCUGAGUCCAGGUCCAAUAUGAGCCAACAAUCACAAUCAGAGCUGAAGUUUAUGCCUGAAUCCAGAACAAAUCAUGGAUGUAUAUCUGAUCUAAAACCUGAAAUCAAAUCCAAUCUUGAAUUAAAAUCAGUUCUGAAAAUAGAGUCAUUUGAUCCAAAUCCUAAAUCCAGGUCAGGUCAGAAGCCUGCAUCCACAUUGGAUGAAACCAGAAACAUGCUUUCAGGAUGUCCAGAUCUGUCCAGAUCAGUUGUGACUCUGACAUACAAACCAGAUGAGAUUGGAGACCUUGAGCAGGGACCAGAAUCAAAGGGAGAUGGGGGAGUCUUUAAACAAGAAAAUUUUACAUCUAUCAGUGGAGUGAUGCCAGAUCUGCAGAAGUGCUCGGGAAACAGGAUGGAGCAAAACAACACGCACAGCGACACCCACCGCGAACUUCUGACCAAUCAAAAUCAACAACUGCUGCUGACGUGUCAACAACUGCUCGACAAGGUGUCCCAAUGGGUGGAGCAAAGUAGACUGUUGCUGUCAAAGUGUCGUGAAGUGGAACCACAGCUGUCGGAGGCUGAAGACCUCCUGGACACACACCUUCUGCUGCGCACAUGGGCUGAGACUGCUGGUCAUGACGCCAACAACGUGAUGCAGCUCCUGCAGCGUCUGCAAGUUCCAUGCAUGGGACCUCCCAGCAAAACUCAACUAGAGGUGCCUGGUGGUCGUGUCUCUCAUCUGUCCCGCUUGAAGUCUCUGACUGUGCAGCUGAAGCAAAGAGGCAGAACUGGGCCAGCGGCAGAGGUCCAGCUAUCUGCUCGGGUCUCUGCAGUCCUGGACGAGGUGAAGAGCCUGAACAAUAUUGUGGAGUGUAACAUGCGUGUGUUGCGAGGCUUCGUGUCUUUCAUCAGGACAGCACAGCAGCUGGAAAAAGACAUAAAGAACCAUAGACGUGCACUGGAGGGCGAGAAAGAGGAGGAAGAUGUUAGUAUGACGAAGGGCACAUCCUGGUGGGAAACCAUGCAAAAGGUCAUCACAGCCCAGGAAGAGGCCAGCAAGUUCAUCAGUAGCAUCGCCACGGCGUCGGUAUCAGGCUUGAACCUGCAGUCUAUGGCGACGGCGGUGCAGCAAAUGGCAGAGAGACUCGGCAGAAGCCAACAGGAAGUUUCUGACCUGCGGCGUAAACUUGAAAUUGAAAACAGGAAGCGGGGCGAGGACAGAAAGCUCUGCAGCAAGUACCAGGAGAGACUCCGUAAGGCUGCGCGGGACCUGAAGGAGGUCUCAAAGCUGCUGGACUCCUGCACUCAGGUGGAUCUGGGCUCCCACGGGCAGACCUCCAGGCUACAGCAGCAAUUUAGACUGGCCGGACCACAUUUUGCUAGACUGGACGAUCAAGUCCAGAUCCUGCUGAAAGACUGGGACGCCUUGACCCCAGCCCAGAACCACCUGCUGCUGAAGGAGGAGUUGAAGGAGGAGGAAGUGUCCGAGCUACGUGUGCUGUGUGUCAAAGUGAAGGAGAAGAUCCAUCAGAGUCACCAUAUCCUGGAUCUUAGCAUCAACUUUCACCUGCUGGCUAAACAGCUGGAGGCGUUCCUCCAGUCAGACGCUGCUGGACCUCUAUGUGGUACUCCGAGUGCGUACGAGGAGACACGUCACCAAAUCCAUCAACUGUUGAAAAAAGCUUUCUGGGUGAAAAAGGAAAUUGGUAAAAUGAUAAGUGACAAUGCUCCAACCAAGUUUCGAAUGGAGCAGCUGGAGCACAGUGUGGCAUCUCUGUACACUCAGAGUAUGCCGUGGCUCAUCGAGGCGUCUUUACGUGACCACGCCCUGAUGCGUGACCUCCAGCAGGUGAAGUCAAAGGCAGAGUUCAGCAAAUUUUUUGGCAACCAGAAAGUGGAAGAUGACAGGAUGAUUGAGCAGAAGUGGAAUGCUGAGCAGAUCCAGGUCGACUCGUCCCACCUUACUGUGAAGGGUGAGGAGACAGGCCACACCCCCGAAGUGACCACUCAGCAUGAUGGGAAAGAAGCGCUAGCGCCAUGGCUAACUGAUGCAAAUCUGAAACACUCAUCACUGAAGACGGACAACUCACAGAGCAGGCAGCGCUCACAAUGUGAGGAGAAUCCUGGAGCGUCCUCCUACUGCUCCACCCACACCUUCAGGCUGUCCUGCUCACCAGUGGAGGUCGGACGCCGUGUCUAUGUCAUCUACGGACAGCUUGACUCCACCUCGCUUCAGGCCAUGCACACUUCUCAGAGUGCAUCAGUGCAGAAGGAACCGGCAGGUGGCCUGUUGGAGGAGGAGCUCCAGCAACAGGAUGUGGUGGCAGAGGUUUUUCUGUCCAGUGAUGAUGAGUACGAGUGUGCUUCGUCUGACGAUAUUUCACUUCCACCACUGGCAGAGACACCAGAGUCCAUCCUUUUUCAGGACGAUGUGGAGGAGCAUUUUUGUUUCAGCUCCACCAGUAUCCACAACAGCCAGUCCAUCAACAAAUACGAGUACAAGAACCAGCCAGAGAUACCUGGGACUGGACUUGCUACUGUUGCAGCCAAGCAGCAUAAAGAAUCCAGUCAGGCAGAGAGUUUUGUCACUGCCCCCUCUAGUCUUCACAGUGAUACAAGAGAGAUAUUUAUGUCCAACUCAUUUCUCAAGAGUCAUUUGUCUCCUGUUCCAAGACAACCAAUCAGCACACAGACUGGAAAGACAUUAACAGCCAGUAUUCCUCCUACAAAGUCAACCUACAAGAGCAAAGAUGUCCUGGAGAGGAGGAGCUCCUCACAAAGUCAUGGUUGCAGUCAGUGUAAGCUAGAGCAGAGAAAUCCAAGCAGCAAGGCUCAGCUCAUACAAAUAAGCUUUCUAAAAACCGGAACCAGUAAUCAGACUGCUACCUGUUGUCCUUUACCUUCUCAAAGUCCAGACUUUGAUCUGAACAAGAGUAGGGGCCCUCAACAAUGCACAGGGAUGCACAAGUUCCACAUGAUUAUCCCUCAAACCACAACGACUUUCCCUCAGGACAUUCGUGGUCCACAAUCCCUCCUGGAUACCUUCCAAGCUGAGAAAAAAAUAACUCCAUUCAAGCUACCUGACACACGCUCAAAAUGGAGCACAGUCAAGAGCACCAUCUACAAUUUUCAAUCAUCUACAAGAAGCAGCUUCACUUCAUGUCAAGGUGGCACCAUGCCACAUAUUGGUCCAGACCCACAGAAUCUCUUCAGAGAUGACACAAUUUUUGAUCUUGAUCAAGAAACACCCUGCAAGCAAUCUAGCAAAGAAGAAGAUGUUACAGUCACCAAUAAAACCUUGAACUGCCCGUCAACCCCUAGCAGCAGUGACCAAGACAAUCAAGUUAUGCCCCCACAGGAGAAGGACCACUUCAAACACGGGAGCAUGGCAACUUCUCCACAAAUCAGCACCAGCUUUUUCCAAGACAGUCCAGAGUCCAAAUUAGACUUUAGGAUUGGUCUUGAUCAAGAUUUAUCUUCUUUGCAAAUCAGAGAGGAACCUCUCUCAGUCUUUGGGUCCCAAAUAAGCCUCCAUAACAUGACCACUGAAGUCCAGCCUCAGAUAUUUUGUGGCCAUUCCAUUGCAACACACAGCGAGUGUGAAAGAUCGCUUUAUCAUGAUGGACCAGAAGUCUUUGCGACCACCUGGCCUCCAGAGUCACAAUGCAGUGGUUGUAACAGCAGCAAGCAGAGUGUGCAUGGUCAUGGCAUGACCCCCAGCAACACCUCCCUCCUUCCUGUUACUGCUUUGCCAACAGUGUUAGCAAAGAAAGCUAGCCUACAUGUCACCACCCCUUUCCCACCAUCCCAUGAACUAACCCCCAAGGAAGACCAAGAUUUUUGCCAGCCUGUGGCGAUCCGUGAGGAGAUCAAGUUUACUCCUCAGUUUCAAGGACUCCCCCUUCCAGUGGCACCCCAUCCCCAGACCCAGAAGAGGCUUUUUCCACACCAACAAGCCUUUGAAUCUGGUCUAGCUCCCUUCACCAUGCCACUGUCAAAAGCUGCUGUCAUGGGUGGCGUGCCAGUCAAUCUGGAGGUGGCGGUGACUGAACACCCAGAGCCCAAAGUCACCUGGUUUAAAGAUUGCCAACAUUGGGAGGGUGACCUAAAGAAAGAUCACGGAGAGGUUCAAGGUCGCUGGCUUCUGGCUGAAGUUGUUGAUAUCAUCAGUGAUGAGAUGACCACCUGCUUUGGAACCUGCUGUCUUCUUCUCUGGCUCCUUCUCCUCCUCACUGGACUGUGACGUUGUGCCGCCGCCUCUUUCUCUUCUUCCUCUCCUUCUUCUUCUUCCUCUUUGUCUUUAUGUUCUUCCUUUUCUUGUUCUUCAUCUUCUUCUUCUUCCCUUUUGUUCUUUCUGUUCAUCCUCUUCCUCUUCUUCUUUUCCUGGUCACUACUACAGCUAAAUGAGCUGAUGUGUAAUUUUUCUUGAAGAAUGGCACUCUCUGGUGGACAGGCUCUUGAAGUGAAAUCCUUAUCCUCAGAAGACCUAAUUAAGCCAUGUUGUUUGAGAACAAAAAAAAUCCAAAUGAAUAAAGCUUUUCAUGGUAUUUUAAAAGCUACGUAGAUGUUGGUAAGAAAAUAACAAGUAGAUUUUGAUGAAUUUAUGUACUGUAUGUGACAUGGUACUGAUAAUUUUUGCCACUGGGUAAGUGAAAACCCGGAAAACCCGGAAAACCCGGAUGCGGAUUUCAUUUUCAUCUAAUGAAAGAAAUUUGAAUUUACACUUAACACCGAGUAUAUCCAUUUUUCUCAAUUAUUUCUUAAUCUAUGAUUUUAAAUAAUUAAUACAACUAGCCGCACGGCAGCCGCACAGUGGAAAAGUGGUUAGCAUGUUGGCCACACGGUCAGGAGAUCGGGAAGAUCGGGGUUCGAAUCUCUGUUGGAGAUCCUCUGUGUGGAGUUUGCAUGUUCUCCCCGUGCGUGGGUUUUCUCCGGGUACUCCGGUUUCCUCCCAAUUUCCAAAAACAUGCAGGUUAAUUGGCUAUAAGUUGACUCUAAAUUGUCCAUAGGUAUGAAUCUGAGUGUGAAUGGUUGUUUGAUUGGCUGGCGACCAGUCCAGGGUGUACCCCGCCUCUCGCCCAAAGUCAGCCUGGAUAGGCUCCAGCGUACCCCCAACCCUAGUGAGGAUAAGCAGUAUAGAAGAUGGAUGGAUGUAAACAGUACAGUACAGUUUGUGUGCAUGCACGUCACUUUCCGAACACAAUACUUUCACAUUUACAAGUCACAUUUUUUGGUAAUGUGAACGUCUACAUAAAAGAUCAAAUUUUACGUAACAAAAAAUCAGAACUGGGCAAUCACACCCUGCAAUGUGAACAUAUGGUCAGCCUGAUCGGUGUUGUCACUUGUCUUGGUAACAUUUUCAUAUGACACGUGUUGUGACCUUUGAACCCUUUGUAUGUUAGCAUGAUGCAGCACAAAUAUGACAUUUAUGCGUUUGGGGUUUUCCUUUGUGGUCCAGUUCUGUCUAGCUCUAUUUUAUCCAGAAUUUGGCCAAAAGGUAAGAUAAGAUCAACUUUAGAAGGUGCAGGAGCAGCACUACAAUCACAUGGCAUGCUAACAUAACAUACUGUAGCAAAAUGUGGAAUCUCUAAGACCAAAAACCACCUUUAUGUGGUCCUAAGUCAUAACCAUGGCUGUGGUGACUGAUUGAAUCAAUGAAUAAAUGAGUCAGUGAUGAAUGAACGGGUGAGUUAAAUGAAUGACUGAGUGCGUGAAUGAACAAAGUUUGGAUUCUGGGUGGGUGGGUUCUGUUGAAUGGAUCAUGACAUCAUCUGCAAAUAAACUAAGUACAUGUUCACUAUGUUUUAUUGUACUGCCUUUCAAUUGCUCAUGUUGUCGGAUUGCCUGGGCCAGCGGGACAAUAUAGAUGACAAAUAAUGUUGGACUGAGACAGCAGCCUUGCCUAGUCUACUUUCCAGUGUGGAUGCUGGUGUUAAUGACCCAUUCACUUUGACUCUAGCUUUUAGGUGUUUUUUGUUAAAGCCAAAUCUCUCUGAAGUUUGAUAGUUAUGUUUACCUGACCCUAUCAAAUGCCUUUUCUGCAUCAAGACUUAAUAAAUUGUAGCUUUUUUUCCCUGAUGUAUUUUAUCUACCAAG